GUCGUUUGAGAGCACACCUGCUCCCUCCUGGCUAGAGUAGUAGUGUAGUAUAGCCUCCUCCUCUCUGCAAUCCUCUCUCUCUGCACGGCCUGCACUUCACGCGUGCCUCCACACUCUCUCUCUCCUCGCUCCUCGCUGCUGGAUUGUUUUAGGGGGAGCCUGUUACAGCCUGCCUGGGUAGCAGCCUAUUCUACAACCCUCCGCCUCACUGUGUGUGUGUGUGCGACUCUCUCUGUAUCCAGAAUCCUCCAGUCUUCUGCACAGAGUACAGGCUUGUGAAGCAGCAGCAUGCGGUCGGCCUGUCUCUCCCUGCUCCUGGUGUCGGUGUGCUGGGCGCUGCCCUUCCGCCAGUCCGGCUUCCUGGACUUCAUGAUGGAGGACGAGCCCGGCUCGGGCGACGUGGACAUGGGCGGCCCGCCCGUCAUCGACGAGCCGCGCAGAGGGCCCGCCGGACCCGGAGCCGACCCCGUGCCAACCGGACCCGUCUGCCCCUUCAGGUGCCAGUGCCACCUGCGCGUGGUGCAGUGCUCUGAUUUGGGUCUGAAGAGUAUCCCAGAGGACAUCAAUGCUGACACCACACUACUGGACCUGCAGAACAACAAGAUCACCGAGAUCAAGGAGAACGACCUGAAGGGACUGAAGGCAUUGCAGACCCUGAUCCUGGUGAACAACCAGAUCACCACCAUCCAUGCCAAGGCCCUGGCCCCGCUGGGUAAGCUGCAGAGGCUGUACCUGUCCAAGAACCAGCUGUCGGAGGUUCCCGCCAACAUGCCCAAGAGCCUUCAGGAGCUGCGCAUCCACGAGAACCAGAUCAGCAAGCUGAAGAAGGCCUCCUUCGCUGGCAUGGCCAACAUGAUCGUCAUGGAGCUUGGCUCCAACCCUCUGGCUGCUGGUGGAGUGGAGGCUGGAGUCUUCUCUGACCUGAAGAGAGUUUCCUACAUCCGCAUCUCAGACACCGACAUCAGCGCCAUCCCCAAAGGCCUCCCCGCCUCCCUGUCCGAGCUGCACCUGGAUGGAAACAAGAUCACCAAGGUGACCAAGGAGGGCCUGAAGGGACUCAAGAAUCUGGCCAAGCUGGGCCUGAGCUACAACCAGAUCAGCUCCGUGGAGAACGGCACCCUGGGAAUGGUCCCUCACCUGCGCGAGAUCCACCUGGACAACAACGAGCUGACCACCGUGCCCCCUGGCCUCCCUGAGCACAAGUACAUCCAGGUGAUCUACCUGCACAGCAACAAGAUCGCGGUGGUGGGCACAGAGGACUUCUGUCCCCCUGGCUACAACACCAAGAAGGCCAUGUACUCCGGCAUCAGCCUGUUCAGCAACCCCGUGCCCUACUGGGAGGUCCAGCCAAUCACCUUCCGCUGCGUCUUCGACCGCUCCGCCAUCCAAUUGGGCAACUACAGGAAGAAGUAAAGAGGGAAACAGCCAAUCAGAGCCCACUAUAGGCCGGCCCCGCCCACUCGGUUGUCGUGGUGAUGGUGGUGGAGGUCCCCAAGCGAUUAUUUGUUUUCUUUUUUUUGUUUUGUUUUUGUUUGGCUCACAAGCAUCUCAAGCACAUAAAAUCCAUUGUCCCUUUUCCCCUACUCCACCGACUCAAUGCACAGUCGACGUGAACGAAAGUAAGAUAGAAGAAAAUGAAAAGAAAAAUAUUGCAGACAACAGUUGUUUAUGAAAUAGCAAAUGUAUCAUCUCAGUUUUUCAUAAUCAUGACGUAUCCUUGGGAAAGAAAAACUCAUUUCAACUUUCAAAAAAACACUUUCAAUAUUCAACGUCGAAUGAUACAACUCACAAAUGUCUACUGCUUAGCACGCUGCAUUGUAAACGCAUAUGGUUGAUCCACCAGUCAUAAUUCAAUUGUUAUAAAUGUUUGUCUGUUUUUAUUUUUACGCUUUCGUCAAGCUUAAAGUGUGCUGAAAGGCUUCCCAUGAGUUCCUACACUAUGACCACUUAAAAAAGUCACUUGUAGUUUCAUCACUACAAAAGCACUAAAAGAAAAACAUCAUCAAAAAAUGAAUUGAGAUUCCCAUUGUGCUAUCCUAGCCUUCUUCAUCUACUUCUAAUUCUCCAUUUUACUUUUUUAUAGUCUAAAACUACACAAAAUUGGCCUGCUAGUUGUGACUCAGAUCCUUCAGGUCGGCUGACCUGCUGAGCGGGCAGCAAGGGGUUAACCGCCGCCAUUUUGGAAUUAACGCUAACGUUACCAAGGAGACGGUGCACGAGAGAAUGUACUAGCAUAACAUGACCUGCGUAGUGCUACACUUUUAAAGGACUUUACACUUUUAGAUUCAACCGAUAGAUGUCAUCAUUCUCUCUCUCUCUUAUUUUUAUUGUGUGUUUGCUUUGUUUGAAUUUUUUCAGUAAUAUUGUAGAUGACACACUUUAUUUGCAAUGUCCUUCCCACUCUUUCUUGACAGUCGAUGUGCCUGUAGGUUUGUUUGAGCUGUCUUGAGUUUGGCUACAGUCUUCGCUGUCUGUCUGUCUGUUGCUUUUUCCAUCAUGUCUGAUACUUGUUAGCUUCCCAGAUCUUAACACUGCCAUGUAACAGGGUUAUACAGCACAAGCGCAGCAUACAGCAAAGUAACAUAACUUACAAAUAGAAUAAACCUUUGUUUCCAUUACCAAGGAAGACAGUCCCAAAGACCUGUAUGACUGAUUUACUUCCUGCACACCUCUACAACCUCUUCAAAGACAAGAUUACAGAUUAUGAUUUUUAAUUUUAGUGAUGACAUGUUUUUAAGAAAAAAUGAGAGUGUAUUGCUUUAUUUACGUUUACCUUUACUUAUUUCUUUUUUUCUCCAUUUGUUUUGUUUCUCUCAGUUACAUUUAUAUAUUGUUUCGUUUUUUUCUUUUAUAAAGUCUGAAGAAGUUUGGAGAGAUGUGGUGUGGCUGACGAGCCCCCAUUAUUCCUUUGUGCUAGUGUGAAUGUCUUAUGUAUAGUUGCUGUAUAUAAAUGCUGUAUAAAAAAAAAACCUUCUUCAAUGCUUCAAAGCACAGGCACUUCCAGUAGCUGGGACGUAAUAUAUCAGUAAUAAAGGUGACCCCCUCUUC